AGAGCUUAUACCAAUCUGGCCCCCAGGACCCGUCUUGGCGUCGGUGUUGCCAUCAUCGCUUGGGGUUGCGCUGGGCUCUACCUAUCCGACAAGGCCGAGGAGAAGUUUGGAUAUACGCCAACGGAAGAGGACAAGUCUGCGCUACGUGACAUGGCGCCGAAAAUCACGACUGUGGAGAAGAACCAAGAGGCGUUGAAGGACAGAAGAUAG